AUGUCGCUCGCGUCCCCGCUCCCGACGUCGCGCGGCGCGCUCUCCUCCUACCGCGCCGCGCGCCUCUCCCGCCGCCGCCCCGCGCCAAAACUCACGCGACGCCGACGACGGGUCGUCACCCCCGACGCGUGCUGGUCCCUCGAGGUGAGCCUCGCCACCUCCGCCUUUGUCGCGUGCACCGUCGCGACGCUCCUGCGACGCGGCGACCGGCGAUCGCUCGGCCACGCCAUGUUCCUCGGCGUCUUCGGCAGCAUGCAGCUCGUCGACGCGUCGCUGUGGUGGAACGAGGGGCACGCAGCGCUGGGGCUCUCCGGGUGCGACCUCGCGAACCGCGUCUCCACCAGGGUCGGGCUGGCGAUCAUAUGCCUGGAACCCAUGGCGGCGAUGCUCGGCGCGCACGUCGUCGCGGGGAAGCGCGCGCCGAGCGCUCUCAUCGCCGCGUACGCCGCGAUAUUCCUGCUCACCCCGCUGGCGGGCACGUCGCUCCUCGCGGACCCAAACGAGCCACCAAAGUCGUGUGACGAAGAGCCCGUUUUUGAGGCGUUGGGUGACCGAACAAGGAGGCCGGCCGCACCUCCCGCGCCUCCCGCGCCGCUCCUCGAGCAAAAAGACGCGUCGUCGUCGUCGUUCCCGGGGCUGGCAUCGUCGCAGAUCGGAUCGGGGGCGCCGCCGAGGUUCGGCGCCGCCAACCCCGAGGUUCCGGGAUCAAUACCCCCGGCACCCGUCGCGACUUGCGGGUUCCAAAACAGCUGGUACACGCUCCUCUUCGACCUCGACGAUCCGUGCGUGUGCUCCGCGGUGACGACGCAGGGCCACCUCCAAUACGGCGGGCUCGACCUCGUGUACCACAAGGCGCUGGCGCCGUGGGACCCCGUCGAGCCGUGCCGAAUACGCGCCACCGGCGCCGUCGUGGAGGGUAGUCGAGAGAUUCCCCUGGCGCUGAGGUUUCUGUUUUUGGGAGCGAUGGCGCUGCCGUACGGGGCGCUGGUCACGCCGCGAAAGGCUGGCGCGGCGCACGCGGGGAUCCUGACGAUGACGUGGCUCAUCGGCGCGUCGAGCGACGCCGCGGCGAGUGUGUGGUGCCUGGCGAACGUGGCGCAGGGGCUGUUGAUGCUCGCAGAGCCGGCGAUUUGGCCAGAGGAAUUUCACGACCAGCCGCCGCCGCCGCCGCCGCCGCCGCCGCCGGUCUCUUCCGUCAAGUCGCCCGAGAAGAGCGUCGGCGAGAAGAGCCCUAAUAAGAACCCUAAGAAGCGGCGCGGGGGUACGAUCGCCAGGGCCGUUCGCGGCGAAGACGAAGGUCGCGGGUUCGAUACCGACCAAUCCCCGGGAGUACUAUCGCGAGUAUCGAGGUUCAAAAACAAGAAAGAAAUAGCCGGUCGACGGUGGCCCCGGCUCGACAAAGCCGCCGCCGCCGAGCUCGCGUCCGACCCUCGCGGGUUCGACGCCAUCGUCGUCGGCAGCGGCGUCGGCGGCCUGGCGUGCGCCGCGUGCCUCGCCAAGUUUGGCCACAAGCGGGUGCUGGUCCUCGAGUCGCAUUACAGAGCCGGCGGGUGCACGCACGCGUUCAACGAGGUGGGCGACGGCGUCGACGUGUUCGACACCGGCAUCCACUACGUCGGCAUGGGCAAAACGCUUCGUUGGCUCAUAUCGCGCGUGUCCGGUGCGGGGCACGCGCCGAUGAAGUUCGCGGCGAUGGGAAGCCCGCACGACGGGUACGCAUACGACGUCAUCGACCUCGGCCGUCGGGGUCGGGGCGGUGGUCGAGUUGGUGGGGGCGUGGGAGGUCCCGGGUUCGAAUCCGGGCGGGGACGUGACGGGCGGGGCGAGGAGUCCGACGAUGGAAAGGCUGGGGGCGGUCCGUCCGGGUGGGGCGCCCUGGAUUGCGUCGAUCUGGACUGCGCCGUCGACGAUGAAGACAACGACGAUGAUGCCACCACCGCCACCGACGACGCCAACACCGACGCCAUCGACGACGAACAACGCGUGGUCGUGACCCUGCGGAAGGACCGGUUAGUCGAGAGCCUUCUCGACGCCUUCCCUCGCGAGGCGGAGGGCGUUAGGGCGUACGUGCAGGACGUUCGGCUCGGUACAAGCCGCUUCACCGAGCGCACCGACUCGGGCGCGGCGUGGCACCAAAACGCCGCCAAGUGGUUCAGGUUCCCCGCGUUCGCACCCGGGCUUGACGCGCUCAUGGCCGGUAAGCUCGUCCCGGUGAUCACGAGCGCCGAAUCAUCCGCGCCCUAUGAGAAGGUUCUCGCGCGCGUCCUCGCCGCCGUUCGACGUCGGCUCUUCAAAAGAGCCGAGCGCAAAGCGGGCGAAAGCGCAAAGGUGGUUGUGUCCAAGUACGUGACCGACCCGGCCGCGGUCGCCGCACUCGCCGCGGGUCAGAUGAUCGACUGGAACCUCCCGCCGAACAAAGUCGCGUGGCCCGUAGCCGCCGGGAUGAUGUCCUACUACGACGGCGGCGGGUAUUACCCCGUGGGCGGCUCCGCGCAGAUUGCAGAAUCAAUCGCCGACGCGAUCGAGUCGCGCGGCGAUGGAUCGCGCGUGCUGUGCAACGCGAGGGUGGACCGCGUGCUCGUGACGGAGAGCGGCGGGCACAGGGCGUACGGGGUCAAGGUGAACGGCGUCGAGGUUUACGCGCCAAUCGUGGUCAGCGCGUGCGGUUUUCUGACGACGUUUCGCGAUUUGAUUCCGGGUUCGGUGCUCCGCGACGCCGACUUGGCGCAGGGGGUUGCCGACGUGGCGCGAAGGUUGCGGCCCUCGCACGGCCACGUGUGCGCGUACGUGUCACUCGACGGCUCGUCCGAGGAGCUGGGCUUGAUGCCCGCGAAUAUACACUCGUUUCCGGAGGAUUUUGGAACCAGGUGGGGCUUCGACGUCGACGCGUUAUGCGAGGCUUUUUACGAAAACCCGCUCGAGGUUGAACCUCUGGUGACCAUAACCAGCCCCAGCGCCAAGGACGCGUGGUACCGUUCCCGCACGCCAAACAGGUCCAACGCGCUUCUGCUCGUGGAGGGCCUAGCGGAGUGGUUCGAGCCGUUCGGUGACGAGCGCUGGGGACGCCGGUCCGACGGGUACAGGGCUUUCAAGUCAAAGUUUAAGAAGAUCUUUUUGGAUCGGCUGCACCGACACUACCCGAAGACGAGGGGGAGGGUGACGCACGUCGAGCUGUCCACGCCGCUCACGGCGAAGCACUUCAUCGGCGCCCCGGGCGGCGCCAGCUACGGACUGGAGUGGACGAAGGAACACUUCGACGCCACCUUCCACGAGAGGUACUUCUCCCCGGUCGUCGCGAAGAUACCGGGGAUGUACCUGACCGGCGAGGCGAUCGCGUUCGGGGGUUUCUACGGCGCCCUGGCCAACGGCGUCGUCACCGCGUCGCACGUCAUCGGGCUGGGAACGCUGCUGGGUGGGAUGCUGGGGGACAAAGACGCGGUUUGGCCGCUGGUGUACGAAGACGGCGAGACGCCGCCAGAGCCGGAGCCAGAGCCAGAGCCAGAGCCGACGGGGGUCGGGUCGAAGCUCGGCCGCGAGGAGGCGGGGAAGACGAGGGAGGGAUGA